AUGGUCUUGGAAAGUGCUACAUGGCGUGCAAAUCCUGAUUGGACUACAAAACUAGGCUACUCAGACCAAUAUUUGAUUGAUGUAAACCGUAAAUCCAUCGAUUUAUUGUGUGAUGUUCGCGAUGAAUACGAUUCGGCAAAGUUACCAAUGGUUAUCAAUGGAUGUGUUGGUCCGCGAGCAGAUGGAUAUUUUCCUACAUUGAUAAUGUCAAUUGAGCAAGCACAAGCAUAUCACUCGAAGCAAAUUGACAUUUUUAGUCAAACUAAAGCGGACAUGGUGACUUCGUUCACAAUGAACUACCCUGAAGAAGCUAUUGGCAUUACGCUGGCUGCCAGAGCAGUUGGCAUGCCCGUCGCAAUAUCGUUCACACUUGACGUUGAUGGUAAGUUGCCGGUAGGACAAAGUUUGCAAGAAGCAAUUGAACUUGUAGACAAAGCCACUCAAAAUACUCCUGUGUACUAUAUGAUCAAUUGUGCGCAUCCCAGAAACUUUGAGCAUCUCUUAGUCCCUGGAGAAGCAUGGGUAUCGAGGAUUCACGGUAUUAAAGGUAAUCCUUCAAAGAAAAGUCAUGCUGAGCUUAACGAAAGCAAAGAACUUGAUGACGGAAAUCCCGUGGCAUUCAGUGAAGACAAUAGAGCUCUUUUAUAUAAACUGAAGAAUUUAAACCUAUUCGGAGGAUGCUGCGGAACGGACCAUCGCCAUCUUGGAGAAAUUUGCAAAACUUGUAUUCAUACAUUCGAA